AUGCAUAGUACGACAGAUGGCAUGAACGGCACGCACAAGCAGGAGAGUCCUGCGUUGCAACCCAUUGCAAUCAUUGGGUAUGCUUGUCGACUAUCGGGACAGGUCGCCUCGCCCGGCGACUUAUGGGAGUUGUGUACUCGAGGGAGGAGCGGAUGGGCUCCAAUGCCCAAGGACCGCUUCUCUCACGGUGCCUAUCACCAUCCCAAUCCCUCCAAACCUGGUACCUUUAAUCCUGCCGGUGGUUACUUUCUAGACGAGGAUGUUUCCCGAUUCGACGCCCCCUUCUUCAAUGUCACCGUCCAGGAAGCCAUUUCCAUGGACCCCCAGCAGCGUAUGCUGCUCGAGACCUCCUACGAAGCUUUGGAGAGUGCUGGCAUCCCCAAAGAGUCUCUGGCAGGUCGCAAUGUCGGUGUCUUUGUCGGCGGCAACUUUUCUGACUAUGAACUCAAUAAUUUGCGAGAUAUCGAGACUACGCCUCAAUUCCAGGCGACGGGUAAUGCGCCUGCCCUUCAGUCCAAUCGAAUUUCUUACUUCUUUGAUUUUUCGGGUCCGAGUUUCACGGUCGACACUGCGUGUUCAUCGUCUCUGGUGGCCCUUCAUUAUGCCGUGCAGAGCUUGCGGAGCGGCGAGUCCAGCGAGGCGCUGGUUGGUGGAUGUAGACUGAAUAUUCUUCCUGAUUAUUUUGUGUCCAUGUCAAUGUCACAACUAUUUAACGACGACGGCAAAACAUUUUCCUUCGAUGAGAGAGCGAAAUCUGGCUUUGCAAGAGGCGAGGGUGCAGGCGUGGUGAUGCUCAAGCCACUCGAUGCUGCGCUGCGCGACAAAGAUCCUAUUCGAGCUAUAAUUGCUAAUACGGGUAUCAACCAAGAUGGGAGGACAAAGGGUAUUACAUUGCCGAAUGAGUACGCGCAGGAGGCAUUAAUUAAGCGUGUGUAUAAAGACGCUUUGCUCAAUCCGGAGGACUGCGGUUAUGCUGAAAUGCACGGAACGGGAACGAAGGCGGGUGAUCCUAUUGAAGCACGCGCUGUGCAACGGGCCCUGGGAGGAGGUCGCACAGCUAGGAACCCGCUCUACAUUGGUUCGGUCAAGUCCAAUGUUGGCCAUUUGGAAGGUGCCAGUGGUAUUGCCUCCAUAAUCAAGGCUGCUAUGGUCCUUGACAAGAGUCUCCUUCUGCCGAACUGCGACUUCAAGAAGCCCAACCCUAACAUCCCUCUCAACGAAUGGAAUAUGAAGGUCGUGACCUCCACGCGACCUUUCCCUCGAGGCAAGAAAUACGUCAGUGUCUCAAACUACGGGUUCGGAGGUACCAAUGCGCACGUUGUGCUCGAAAAGCCGCCACCAGCACCCAUAUCCGAGGAUAAUGCAGAGGCAGAUGGAGAUCCCAAGCGCCGAUUAUUCUUGAUCUCGGCUGCCGAUAAGGAGUCUCUGAAAACCAGAAUUCAUGACUUUGGUGUAUACUUCGAACAGCACCCUGAGGUCUUCGAAAACUCGCUUUUCGGCAACUUCUGCUAUAGUACUGGAAACAAGUUGUCCCAACUUGCUUACCGCGUCGCUGUUGCUGCCACCUCACUGGAUGAGCUUGGUAUGCGUCUUGCUCAGCUGAAGAUCAACCCGGCUCGAGUGCUGGGCACUCCCAAGAUCUCCUGGGUAUUCACAGGCCAGGGUGCCCAAUGGGCUACUAUGGGUAUGCCGCUCAUGGAAGAAUACCCCGUCUUUGCAUCCGCCAUGGAACGGGCCGAUCGGUGCUUGCUUGAACUAGGCGCAGACUUCUCUCUACUCGAAGUGCUUCGUAAGGAGGCCUCUGCAUCUGAAAUCAACUCGCCACAUCUCAGUCAGCCGGCAUGUACGGCCCUUCAGGUAGCUCUGACUGAUCUACUCCGCUCUUGGGGUAUUCGGCCGGAUUCUGUCGUUGGCCACAGCUCUGGCGAGAUUGGUGCCGCCUAUGCUGCCGGAAUUUACGGUCUGGAGGAUGCCAUGGCCCUUGCCUACCGCCGUGGUCAGAUGACCUCUCUGCUGAAGAGCAGCUACCCGGACCUGCAUGGAACCAUGAUGGCUGUUGGUGCAAGCCCAGAGGAGAUCAAGCCAAUGCUGAAGCUUCUUAAGUCCUAUGCUACCAUUGCUUGCGUGAACAGUCCUUGCAGUGUUACCAUCUCUGGAGACGUUGAUGCCAUCACCGAGCUCGAAAUCAUUUUGAACGAUAAGCAGCUCUUCAAUCGUCGUCUCAAGAUCGAUGUGGCUUAUCACUCUGACCACAUGAAGAAUGUCGCCGAGGCGUACCUCAACUCUAUCGAAGGUAUCAAGCCUGCCACUACCGGAACAGCGACUUUCUUCUCGUCCGUCACUGGUGAAAUUGCUGAGCCGGCUGACCUUGGUCCCGCCUACUGGGUGCAGAACUUGACAUCCACAGUUUUGUUCGCUAAUGCCCUUGGGAAGAUGUGUGCUGAUGACGAGUUCCGACCAAACAUGCUCAUGGAGCUUGGCCCUCACUCUGCUCUGAAGGGUCCCAUUCUAGACACCCUCAAGGGUGUUGGCUCAUCUGCAUCCAAGAUCGGCUAUGCUCCCACAGUCGUCCGCAACAUCGAACCCUCGCAGUCUGUUCUUGAUGCCGCUGGAGCUGCAUACGUGCGUGGUGCCGUCCUCAAGAUGACUGAGGUCAACUUCCCCAUCAGCAAAGCCAAGAACCGCUCCUUCUUGCGCGAUUUGCCUCGCUACCCUUGGCAGCACGGUACCCGUUACUGGCACCAGUCUCGCAUCGCUGACAAGCACUGCCACAGAGAUGGUAAGCGAAAUGACAUUCUGGGAACUGCAGCUCUGUACUCGAAUGAUCUGGAGCCUACAUGGCGUAACAUUGUCCGCCUUGAUGAUAUCCCCUGGCUUCGAGAGCACAAGAUGCAGGGCAUGAGCGUGUACCCCAUCGCUGGCUACCUGGCAAUGGCCACCGAAGCCGCACGGAGACGUGCAGAGACAAACGAUGUGGCAUUCUCCCAGUUCGAGUUCCGUGAGGUGAAGGUGGGUGCAGCUCUCGUCUUGACUGAUGAUGUGGACGCCGAGACUACCAUCACCCUCCGACCCUACGCCGAGGGUACUCGUGGUAACUCUGAUAUCUGGGAUGAGUUCCGCAUCUGCUCGUGGAACACCAAGCGCGCCUGGACCCAGCACUGCACUGGUCUGGUUCGUGUCCGAGCCAACAAGAAGCAGCAAACUGCCGUCUCCAACGUUGCCGAGGCUGAGCUGAAGCACAUGGGUGCCCAAAUUGAGAAAGUGAUGACCGCCGCUACCUACAAGAUCGACACCCAGAACAUGUAUCAGGUCCUUUCUGAGGUCGGUGCCGGUUAUGGCGCUUGUUUCCAGGGUUUAGAGAACUGCUUCUCUGAUCCGCGUCACUCGCGCGCAGAUCUGUAUCUCCGUGAUACCAAGAACGUUAUGCCUAAGAACUUCGAGGCCCCGCUCACCAUCCACCCUGUCUUCCUGGAUGCACUGCUUCACCUUGUCUGGCCCAUUCUGGGUAAGGGUCGCAUGGAGCUCGACACGCUAUACAUGCCUACCAUGAUCAAGAAUCUGAUCAUCAGUAACAACAUCACCACCACUCCCGGCGACUUUGUGAAGGCCUGGUGUAACGGUGGCCCCAGUUUGCCAACUCCCGAGCCCACCAAGUUUGACCUCUGGGUGACUCCUCAGGACUCUACUGAGGUUAUCAUCAACAUGGAAGGGUUGAUAAUGACGCCACUGAAGGAAUCGGGGGCGGGCAGCGGUGGAAAUCUCACUGACUUGUGCUACAAGCUUGAUUGGCUGCCGCUGGCUGAGAUUGAAACGAUCCCAGUAAAAGAGAUCGAGGAGUCCACGGAGCCCAAUGGUAUUUCUCUUACCAACGGUCAUGGUACGAUGUGUCUUACCAACGGUCACGCUACAAAUGGAGAGCUGACCAACGGACAUGCAAACAAUGGACUUAGCAAUGGACAUGCCGAUGGUUCUCUCACUGUUGAGGGGAGGGCUCAUGUCAAUGGCAAUGGCAUUGUCAACGGUGUCAAUGGCGUUCACACCGAUGAUCUCUUAAUCAUGCAGUAUGGCAAACCCGACGGUAUCGCCGAUGAAUUGACCGAGGCUGUUUAUAACGAGACCGUCCAGUGGAAGCCCUCAAUCUGCUCUAUGGAGGAGACCGACUCCAUUGGGAAGCAUGUCGUCGUUCUCCAAACCGGCAACAAGUCUCUGCGCGAUCUCACUGUCGAAAUCUUCGAUAGCAUCAAGAAGACCUUACUAGGUGCUUCCCAUGUUCUCUGGGUUUACCGUCUGGACAACCCUGACACCCAAAUGGUCGUCGGUCUUACCCGCAGCUUGCGCUCCGAGACUCUGGCUAAGGUGGCCACUUUGGGACUUGAGACCAAGGAUAUUCAGAAGCCUACUCCCGCCAUUCUGGCCGCUAUCAACGUUCUGUGGCCUCACGAUGGCGAAAAGCCUGCAAGGACUUUGAGUUCCGUGCUCGUGGCUCUGAGCUUCUUGUACCUCGCGUUUCCCACGAUAUCGCAGCCAACACCUUCGUUCACAACGAGACUCACGAGAAGACCAUCACGACUCAGCCAUUCAACCAGCCCGGUCGUCGCCUCAAGCUUGAGAUUGACAGCCCUGGUGCUCUCGACACUUUGUACUUUGUGGAUGAUAUUGUUGGCCCUCUGGGUGACGAUGAUAUUGAGAUCGAAGUGA